AUGCGUUUCUGUCGACAUGGAGCGGCCAUGGUCGUGGCUGCAGCGUAUACUGCGACAGCGAUCCAGCUGGACCCCACAAAUGCAGAUUCGAUCAAGUCGGCAGCCAAGACAGUGGCAGGGAAGAUGGUAGAGUAUUACCCACAAGGGCCUGGAGGCAUACCUGGUAUUCUCGACGACCCAUACUACUGGUGGGAAGCUGGUGAGAUGUUUGGCUCACUCAUUGACGACUGGUACUACACUGGAGAUGACCAGUACAACGACAUAACCACGAAAGCCUUACUUUUCCAGCUGAGUGACACUUACGAUUAUAUGCCUGCCAAUCAGACGACAGACGAAGGAAAUGACGAUCAAAUCUUCUGGGCAUUUGCAGUCAUGAACGCAGCAGAGUACCUCUUUCCCAAUCCACCUAACGGCGUGCCGGCCUGGAUCUCGAUCGCAGCAGCAGUCUUCAACAGCCAAGCGGCGAGAUGGGAUACAUCGCUCUGUUCUGGUGGUCUUCGCUGGCAGGUGUUUCAGUUCAACAAUGGUUGGAAUCACAAGAACUCUCCUUCAAAUGGAGGCUUCCUCAAUCUGGCGUCCCGGCUGUACGCCUACACCGGAAAUCAGACCUACGCGGACUGGGUCGGCAAGACUUGGGAUUGGAUGGACUCAGUUGGCCUCAUUAGCCCUUCUGGACAGGUCUUCGAUGGUACGGAUGCACUGCAGAAUUGCAGCACUCUUGACCACAUUCAGUGGACGUACAGCGCAGGUAUGCUGCUCAAUGCGGCAGCCUUCAUGUGGAAUCAAACAAAUGGGACAGAUCAGGCGAAAUGGGAAACGAGAGUGAUGCAAGUCUGGAAUGCCAGUGAAGCGGUCUUUUUCAAGGACCAGGUCAUGCUUGAAGUAUAUUCCAGUCCAAACCAUCCCACUGACAUCCAUCCUAACAUCCUCACCACUUUCAAACCCCCCUUCUCCCGCUUCCUCGCCGUCUCCACCAAAAUCAUGCCCUCCCUCUACCCCCUCAUCCAACCCUACCUCCUCGCCUCCGUCAAAGCCGCAGCAGCCCAAUGCUCCGGCGGCUCCGACGGCAUAACCUGCGGAACGCAAUGGACCAACAACGGCCAAAUGUGCGCCUUGGAAGUCAUCCAGGCGAACUUGAUCCAGCAGUCGGCUGCGCCGGUUACGCAUACCACCCCUGGGAGCAGUCAGGGGAAUGCGAGUUUGGGCACGACGGAUGGGAAUGCUGAUGGGAAUCCGAUUGUGUAUGCGCCCGUGACGAUGGCAGAUAAGGCGGGUGCGGUAAUUUUGACGUUGAUCACGGUGGUGGGGGCGAUUGGGGGUGGGUAUUUUGUUGUUUCGUAA